AGGGCUAAGGGGCGGAGAGGCCGGGCGGGCCGCGGUGGCAGGCCCGGGUGCGCGCGGCGGGCAGGGGGCGGAGCCGGAGGCGAGCCAGAGCCCUGAGGCUGAGGCUGCACUCGGACCCGAGUCGCGAGCCGCCCUCGGUUAGCCGCGGAGCACAGGAGUACUGUUGUCCAUCUUCGCCUUCUGGGAGGUAGCAGUGAGAGUGUUCGGAUCUACCUGAAAUUACGAGGCAGGACUCUAGAAAGAUUGUGCCAUGAAUGGUGAUCCUCGGGCUGCAGUGGUGACUUCACCACCCCCGACCACAGCCCCUCACAAGGAGAGGUACUUCGACAGAGUAGACGAAAACAACCCAGAAUACUUGCGGGAGAGGAACAUGGCGCCAGACCUUCGCCAGGAUUUCAAUAUGAUGGAGCAGAAGAAGAGAGUGUCCAUGAUUCUGCAGAGUCCUGCUUUCUGUGAAGAAUUGGAAUCGAUGAUACAAGAACAGUUCAAGAAGGGGAAGAACCCUACAGGCCUGUUGGCAUUACAGCAGAUCGCAGACUUCAUGACGGCGAAUGUUCCCAACGUCUACCCGGCAGCUCCUCAGGGUGGCAUGGCUGCCUUAAACAUGAGUCUUGGUAUGGUGACCCCUGUGAAUGAUCUCAGAGGCUCCGACUCCAUCGCGUAUGACAAGGGGGAGAAGCUGCUGCGGUGUAAACUCGCUGCCUUCCACAGACUGGCCGACCUCUUUGGGUGGUCUCAGCUCAUCUACAACCACAUCACGACCAGAGUGAACUCCGAGCAGGAGCACUUCCUGAUUGUUCCUUUUGGGCUUCUUUACAGUGAAGUGACCGCGUCCAGCUUGGUUAAAAUCAAUCUACAAGGUGACAUAGUGGACCGUGGAAGCACUAACCUCGGAGUCAAUCAAGCUGGCUUCACCCUGCACUCUGCAAUCUAUGCCGCCCGCCCGGAUGUCAAGUGCAUCGUGCACAUCCACACGCCCGCUGGGGCCGCGGUGUCCGCAAUGAAAUGUGGCCUCCUUCCGAUCUCCCCGGAGGCUCUCUCCCUUGGAGAAGUGGCAUAUCAUGACUAUCACGGAAUUCUGGUGGAUGAGGAGGAGAAGGUGUUGAUUCAGAAAAACCUGGGGCCUAAGAGCAAGGUGCUUAUUCUGAGGAACCACGGGCUCGUGUCUGUCGGAGAGAGCGUGGAGGAGGCCUUCUACUACAUCCAUAACCUGGUGGUGGCCUGCGAGAUCCAGGUUCGAACUUUGGCCAGCUCAGGAGGACCAGACAACUUAGUUCUGCUGGACCCUGGGAAAUACAAAGCCAAAUCCCGUUCCCCGGGACCCCCAGUGGAGGAAGGCAGCGGGUCACCUCCCAAAUGGCAGAUUGGGGAGCAGGAAUUUGAAGCCCUCAUGCGGAUGCUGGAUAAUCUGGGCUACAGAACCGGUUACCCUUAUCGAUAUCCUGCUCUGAGAGAGAGGUCUAAAAAGUACAGCGAUGUGGAGGCUCCCGCCAGUGUCACAGGUUGCUCCUUCGCCAGUGAUGGCGACUUGGGCACCUGCUCCCCUCUCAGACACAGUCUUCAGAAGCAGCAUCGGGAGAAGACAAGGUGGCUGAACUCUGGCCGGGCCGAUGAAGCUUCUGAGGAAGGGCAGAACGGAAGCAGCCCCAAGUCGAAGACUAAGGUGUGGACGAACAUUACACACGAUCACGUGAAACCCUUGCUGCAGUCUCUCUCGUCCGGUGUCUGCGUGCCAAGCUGUAUUACCAACUGCUUGUGGACUAAGGAGGAUGGACAUAGAACUUCCACCUCUGCUGUCCCUAACCUGUUUAUUCCAUUGAACACUAACCCAAAGGAGGUCCAGGAGAUGAGGAACAAGAUCCGAGAGCAGAACUUGCAGGACAUUAAGACGGCCGGCCCUCAGUCCCAGGUUCUGUGUGGUGUAGUGAUGGACAGGAGCCUCGUCCAGGACGCACCCCUCUCUGACUGUACGGAAACUAUCGAAGGGCUCGAGCUUACAGAGCAGACCUUUAGUCCCGCUAAAUCUCUCUCUUUUAGAAAGGGGGAGCUGGUGACCGCUUCUAAGGCCAUCAUCGAGAAGGAGUACCAGCCCCAUGUCAUCGUGAGCACUGCAGGCCCCAACCCCUUCAACACGCUCACCGACCGGGAGCUGGAGGAGUACCGCAGGGAGGUGGAGCGCAAGCAGAAGGGCUCGGAAGAGAAUCUGGACAGCUCUCAAGAACAGAAGGAAAAGAGUCCUCCAGACCAGCCAGCUGUGCCCCACACGCCCCCCAGCACCCCUGUCAAGCUGGAGGAAGACCUCCUGCAGGAGCCGCCCUCUGCGGAUGACAGUGACGCUGCCACCUUCAAGCCGACGCUCCCCGACCUGUCCCCCGACGAGCCUUCAGAAGCACUGGGCUUCCCACCGGUGGAGGAGGAGGCCCGUGACCCUCCCCGGGCCCCUGCGGCAGCAGAGCCAGAGCCAGCCUCGGCCCCAGCUGCUGAAGAGGCAGCCUCCCCAGCUGCCGAGGAGGGGUCUGCUGCGGACCCCGGCAGCGACGGGUCCCCAGGCAAGUCUCCCUCCAAGAAGAAGAAGAAGUUCCGCACCCCCUCCUUCCUGAAGAAGAGCAAGAAGCGGAGUGACUCCUGAAGGCGCCGCACACUGUCAUGUCUGAAGCAACUGGCCCCGCCAGCGUCCGAUCGUGUCGUGUUCUGUCCGCUUGUGUAAUGGAAUGCAAAAAGCCGAGCCCUCAUGUAGCUAGAGCCCCACCCUGUGCGACCAGCCCCUGCAGAACGGUGAUGGGUGUCUGGCGGCCUGGUCCUGUGAGCCCUGUUCCCCUGGGAGGGGUGCCCGUCAUGGCUGUGGCCGCAAGGUCCCCGAGGCCUUGGCAGCUCUGGUCCCAGGUGUGCCCUCCUGAGCCCGACCUCUCCUGCUCCUCGUGAUGUGACGCGUCCUGUCCCUGCUCGGCUUCCCAGCCCAGGUGUCUCAGGUGACUGAAUCCGACCCGUGGCUUCUGCUGGCAGCACCCGCGCAGUGGUCCCUUUCCCCUGCACGCGGCCCCGUCUCGUGGAUGCUCUUGCAUGCCCACCAUGGCCUGGGCUGCGGCUCCCUGCAGAGCCGCGCCGGGCCUGUGGCUGGCCCCAGUGAGCCCAGCACAACACUAUGCAUGGUCUCCCUGGUGACCCUGACCACAGCCAGAUUCAGGAGUGCCCGGCGACCUUGCUCACUGGGUCUCUGUCACAGGGGAGGGAUUCCGGGGGGAAGAGUCCUUUCUAGAAUUUUCUUUCAGCAGGUUUGCCAUUUAGCCUUUUUGACUGUGAACAUGAACAGCUGUUUUGUUAGUUUUCUCUUUAGAACCCAUGGCAGACUGUUGUGGAGCACUGGUCACCUGGUUUGGAGUGGGGACUGUCCCCACCUUACCUCAGCCUGAGGGCACUCUGGUUUCGAUGAACGUAACUUGAGGUGGAAAUUGGCCCGUGCCCCACCUAACACAGGGCCACCUGUGGACCCCGCGCCUUCUCCCCCGUGUAGAUAGUGCUGGGGAUUUUCCCAUCUGUGAGGCUCGUUGGGAGUGGGUGGGUGGUGACCUGUUUGAGGGCCUGGCCAGUGUGGAAGCCUGUGGGGCCCCAGACACACCCCACAGGGGACAACACCAAGAGAGUCGGUGCCAGAGGCAGGCUUGGACCUUGGUGUGGUGGGCAGAGCCGCCGUAAGCCCCACCCCCUGACUGGUGGCCACCGGGCAGAACCGAGCUGGUGCAGGCUCUGAGCUGCCUGUGGAGGAAGCUCCCCGCCCUCUCCUGGGCUCUUCUCACCCCUCCUCCCCUUCCUCUAUCCCACAUAUGCAGUGACUUUAAUUUUCACUUUUGUAGUCUAAUUCUUUGUAUUACAACAUGAAAUAUAGUUGCAUAUACGGACCAGACUUGGAGGACAGGUCCUGGACACCCUUUCUUCAUUGUAACAUGUUUUACUCACAAAUAAAACUCUUUAAGCAGUU